AUUGCUUUAGUUAUUGAAUUUGAUUGUUUGUCAGUACAAUUAUAAAUGUCCAUGUUUGAAGCUUUCAUUUUCUAAGUAUCACUUUCACUUUGAUGCAUAGAAGUAUUUUCUAUAAAUUAAUGCGAAAAUAUUGAAAUGAAAGUAUAGAAAAUAGAUAUAACGACACAUUUCGUGUUGAAAUAUGGCGUCCACAAAGCCCGACUUCGUUAUUUUUGCUUUAAAUUCAAACAAGGAUUUGGCAGAGAAAAUUGCAAGUCGUUUAGAAAUGCCAUUAUCAGACAUAGAAAUUGGAAAACAAUCCGGCAACGAAGAAACAAAAGUCAACAUGAGCAUUUCUGUUCGAGGAAAAGAUGUGUUUAUUCUACAAUCUGGAUCUGCUGAAAAUAUCAACGUGAACGAUGCCUUGAUGGAGUUAUUGAUAACUUGUUAUGCAUGCAAGACAUCCUCAGCCAAGAAAAUUAUUGCUGUUGUUCCAUAUUUACCCUACUCUAAACAAAGCAAAAUGAGAAAUCGUGGCUCCAUUCCUUCAAGACUUGUUGCAGAUCUACUUUGUGUUGCUGGUUUGUCUGGUUUGAUUACCAUGGAUCUUCAUUCCAAAGAAAUACAGGGAUUCUUUAAAUGUCCCGUUGAUAAUCUUAGAGCUUCUCCAUUCAUUGUACAAUACAUUCAGGAGAUUCCAGAUUAUCGGAAUGCAGUGAUUGUAUCAAAAAAUCCUCAAGCUGCUUCAAGAGCGACCUCUUUUGCUGAACGUCUUCAUCUUGGCUUAGCAGUUAUUCAUGGUGUUCGUCAAGAAGCUGAAAGCGAAGCCUGUGAUGGUAGAACAUCUCCGCCUCCUCAAAAGAAAACUUUCACAUAUCCUUUACCUGGGAAUAUGAGUCAUUUAGGCUUAUUGCCAAAGGAAAAACCACCUAUGAAUGUUGUUGGAGAUGUGAGCGGAAAGAUUGCCAUUAUUAUAGAUGACAUGAUUGAUACAGUUGAACCAUUCUCUGAUGCCGCUAGUUUACUCAAAGAACGUGGUGCGUACAAAGUUUAUGUCAUGGUAACACACGGUAUUUUAUCUGGGGACUGUGUCCGACUUAUCGAGGAAUCAAAUAUUGACGAGGUUGUCGUUACGAACACCGUUGAACAUCAAUCAAAAAAACUUCAAUGCACUAAGAUCAAAACUAUCGAUGUUAGUGUACUUCUCGCAGAAGCUGUGAGGCGUAUACACAAUGGCGAGUCGAUGUCUUACUUAUUUCGAAAUGUUCCUUUACAGGAUUGAUGCUUUGUUUAUAAGCCCCGUCCUAUUGGCUGAAAGGAUGGCUUAAAGGUUGGCUUAAAGGUUGGCUUAAAGGUUGGCUUAAAGAUUGGCUUAAAGGUUGGCUUAAAGGAGGCUUCAGGGUCAUGCUUUGCGCGCUUGGUUGGCCAUUUUAAGGAGCCCGAAAAUGGCGGCUGUAAUAUGUUUGAUUUAAGUACAUAAGUACAGCAUAUAAAUACUGCAUGAAUACCGUAGCCGCAGUCAAACUAUCAACCGUAAAUGCUUCCUGUAAAUAAAUAUCAUCACAUAAGUCAAUAAACGAAACAAAACCU